UAGGAAAAAGAGUGAGGGAAGGUGAGGGAAGCACGAAUCAGAGGGAGCCCUUGGCGCCAUAUCUGGAUGCAGCAGUGGCUGCGCAUUGAGAAGAGAAAAGGAAGAAGACAGAAGGGCAGAGUUGUCUUUCUGGCUGUGUUGCGCUCUAGGUGCCCCACUGUCAGCCCGAGAUUGAUGGAUGGGGCUGUUUAUCGCACGUUACAUCAAUCCUGUUCUGCUUUCUCUUUCAUUCGUUGCCUUACUCCCUCAUCACUCCUCCCUUUACUUCUGUCUCCAAACCCCCCACUAUCCUCCACCUCCUCCCCCUGCUGCUGCUGCUCCAGGUCCCUCGCUGGUCCCUCUCUUUCGUAUUAGUUUCCAAAAGGCAUCUUUAAUGCUGACAGAGCGAGAGGGAGCGCUGUGAGGCAGCAAGAAAGCAAAGCGAGCGGAUCGCUAUCUUUAUCGCAGCUUUUCUUGCCUGCAGGCUGCCUGGAGAGCCAGAGAACUGGACUGCUCUGUGGUGUUUCAUGGAGGAGGCGGAGGAGCAGGGGGUAAAAGUGUGGGACAAGCCGGGCAGAUGGAGGACAGCAUCCAGCACUUGGGACACUGCUUGGUUGACAUGAAGGAGCUGAGCGCCAACGCUGAAAGAAUCAGCACUGCUGGUGGGAUCAGAACUUCAAAGUUGGAGCAGGUGGAGCUCAGCCUUGCCUGUAAUGAUCUAGUGGCCUUAGGCAGAGACAGGAAACCCAAUGCUUUGGUCCAGGUGGCUGUCAUAGAUCCCCACAAGCAGCACCUUGUGUCUCAUGGCUGCACUGAGAUAGUGGAGGCAAAUAAAGACCCACUAUUUCUGACUGGAGUGACCUUCCCUUCAGACUAUCCAGAGACAUUGGUCAAGCUAAUGGUUUAUGAUGUGAAGGACAAGAACCAGGAAUCUGGCAGCUUGCUGGGUAGUGCCACGUUUUCAGUUGGAGAUCUGCUGAGGACUAAAGAUGAACAACUGACCUUAAAUCUCAGGUCAUCUGAUGGUGUGUGCACAGCAGGAACCGUGGUGGUGAGUCGUCUGAAGAUGGGGGAGAUGGAGGGAGUCGAGGUGGACCACAUCGCUACCAACACGCCCUCGCACAGGUGUCCCAUAGUUUGUGAGCCUGCACACCAUUGCUGCGUCGACCAAGAAGAAAACCUGCUGACUGGGCCAGUGUUCAGGAAUCCAGUAUGCAAGGUGUACACAUUCCAAACUACAGACAGCAAGAGGAUGAUUGUGCGGGAACAAAUGGAGGAGUGCACUUUGUCAUUCAGUAUUCCAAAGCAGUUGCUGUCCCUGUACAUUCAGGAGGACAUGAGCAGGGUGCAGGAUCUGACAGAGCUUGGCGAACUCUCUCCUCACUGGGACAACUUAAGGAAGGAGGUGAUUACACGGUAUGGAGGAAUAAUCAGCUCCUACCAGGAGACUUUGGCUGAACUGGACAAGAUUACUGGCUGUUCGUUCAAGCCCAGUUGCUGCAAAGCCCAGAAGUCCUUGGAGUUCAUCCCAAUAAACUUGCACACGCAGAGGAUGAGGGUCUCAUGCCUCAAGAAAACAGAUGCAUUCUAUGACAUUGUCACUGUUGGUGCUCCAGCAGCACACUUCCAGGGUUUCAAGAGUGGAGGUCUGCAGCGUUUGCUGAGCAGAUAUGAAGCAGACAAGAAAAGCUUCAGCACUGCCUGCCAGUGUAUCUACUACUCCCCAGAGCACACGGCCAAAGCUCAGGAGGUGCUCAGCAUCACGAGUCUCCUCCAGCCCCUCAUCACAAGCUUAGCUGACCAGCUCCUCCAGGCUGCCCAGGAGCACUCGUCCCCUGGACUGAGAGAUGCACUCAAAAGCCUUUCUGACAAGACGGAACAAUUUGUUCACACACUUAAGGAUGAAUUGGUCAAGAGUGCUCUGCUGGCGCUGCACGCCGCCCGGCCAGGAUAUGUGUCCAAGUCCCAGAGGCAAAGUGCUGUGCAGGGCCAUCAUCAAGGCCACAUCGGCACGGACGGUGAGCAGAAUCAGAUCCCGGGCCAGAGUCCAGCCACACCCGAACCCACAGCGACGUGCAACAACGUGGAAGGAUGUCAAACCCCAACUGGAGAGGAAGCUGAGCUCGGCAAAACGAAAAACCAAGACAGCAUACCGCACCAUAAAGAGUACGAUGAAGAGGAAUGGGACAGAGUUUGGGCUAAUGUGGCUAAAUGUCUCAACUGUGUGAUCGCCAUGGUGGACAAACUCCAAGAGGAAGACAACAACAAGCAGGAGUCAGCUCCUGAGCAGCAGCUGGCGGACGUCAUCACCUCGCACACCCCUGGUGACUGGAAGGAGCAGUUGUAUCCGGUGGUAACCAGGUUAAAGGAGUGUGUGAAGGAGGUGGUGGAGAAGGCGAAGAAAGCCAUGACCUUUGUGCUCCUGCAGGAGGCGGUGUGCAGCUUACCGCAAGGCUUCGGCCUCCAGCAGAGGAGAGAUGUUGUCUUCAGUCAGGCGCUGGCAGCCUUGGCCUGUGGUUUUGUCCUGAGGUUGUAUGCGGGGAUGCAGGACAAAGGCUUCCUGAAGCAGCUUCACCUUGUUGGCCUGGUGGCACAGUUUGAGAGUCUGCUCAGCACAUAUAGUGAGGAGAUCGGGAUGCUUGAAGACAUGGAGGUCGGAAUUUCCGAUCUGCACAAAGUGGUGUUCAAGAUCACAGAGGCCAAAACAGCCGACCUGAGCGAGCUGCAGCCUUUCCUGUGCGGCAGACGAGACCAUUUCACUGUCGAAGUGCCAUUACCACAGCCGAUUUUCCAAACUCUGCCAGAGGAGAUCAAGGAGGGCAGACCUCUGCGAGUGUUUCCGGUGCUGUUUAACGUGGGCAUCAACGAGCAGCAAACAAUAGCCGAGAGGUUUGGAGAUAUCUCUCUACAAGAAAGAAUAAACCAGAAGAACUUUGAGAUCCUAGACGCCUAUUAUAAAUUAUUAAAUGAAAAGGUGCCGCUAGAAUGUUUGCCAUGUUUUCAGGCACAGACUGACAUAAAGGAGUUACUUGAAACCCUGGGCCAGAAUGUAGUCACAAAGAAGAGAAAGAAUGUGGAAAUACUCUGGAUUGCUGGAGCUAUCUGCCGAAGGUUAAAUGGUAUCAGGUUUACCAGCUGUAAAAGUGCCAAAGACCGAACAUCCAUGUCUGUCACAUUAGAGCAGUGCGCCCUGCUGCGGGACGAACACCAGCUCAGCAAAGACUUCUUCGUUCGCGCUCUGGACUGUAUGCGGAGUCGGCUGACCCAGGGAGACACGUGGCAGUGGGAGGACCCUGAAGCUGGCACUGUGACAGAGAACAAACCAGCAUCACGCCACUUUUAUCCCAUUGCCCUGCUGCUCGUUAGCUCCCACUUGCUGGUCGUCUGGCUCAUUUUAAGUCUUGUUUUUCUGCUUGCAAAAUAUCAAUAAACUGCUGACAAUGCUAUCUCUA